UACAAUGCGUUGAUGGCGUCUAAUUUCGAACACCGUCAUCACUAGUUCCUUGUCUGCACCUCCAACCCCGAAUCAGCCCUUGAUUUUUCACCAAACACCUGUUUCUCAAUGGCCAGAACGCAAUCAAAGAAACGCCGUCUCUUGGGAUUCGCGAAGACGGCCAACUCGACGGCCAGUCUUGCUUUGCCGCCAGGACGACUUCAAGCUCGGGCAGGGGACGUUGGCCCUGUGUCUGAAACGUCGGGUAUGACCUCUCUGGGAAUGUUCGCCAGAAUGAAACGCUUCUUCCACCGAUCGAACAAAGGCCUUUCGACCACCAUUGCGACCGAAGCUGCUGGUACAGUCCCCUGUGCGGAAGCGCAGGGACAAGGACACCUACACCAUGCAGGUCCGGUCCAAGAGGUAACUGUCGAUACCGAUACUGGUGGUGGAACUCAGGAGCGACGAGAGGGACUCGAAGUGACGCCAAUACAGGAUACUAAAAAGUUAACCAACAGAUUAGAACCAGAACCGGCAACGGCGGCAAUUGGCAAGGACGUUGAUGCUGCAGUCAAGGCAUUCGACGACAUGGGUUCUAUGUCGCGUAUUGGUAAAGGUGCUGUCGACGCGGUCGGUCGGGCAGAUAGCGCAGUCAUCGAGGCUCAAAACAUGAGCGAUACAUAUCUUAAACCAUUCAAGGUCUUCAAUCAAGUCGUUACCACUCUUACCAACAUGAGUGUGCCGGUUUUGCGUCCUUGCAACGAUCACAUACGGGUUCCAGGUCCAUCCCUAUGCCUGGAUUGCCUUGGUGGUCUUAACGUUUGCUUCUCAGUUGUUCAUACAUCACGCAAAUCUGGAUAACGCGGUAUCCGACCUUCUUGAUAUGGUCCGACAGGUCUACGAAUUUCUAUCGGAGCCAGACACCCUUAACUAUAUUGAAAAUAUGAAAGAUACCCUUGUGCAGAUUGCGCGUGUGAUAAGCGAGUCUGCACAGUUCGUCAAAAACUACUUUGAGACGAAAAGCUUCUGUAAGUUUUGUGCUCCUUUCGGCUCCGAGAUUUGAUACGAUACAUCCUUAGGGUUGAGGGCUAAAAAGAAC